AUGAAAUUGUUAUACAGCACGUGGCGCGAUGGGCACGUGUCCGCGCUGCUGCGGCACGUGCAGGACGGCUACGAGCGCAACCGCGACCGCGCGCUGGCGCUGCUGGCGCGCUGCCCGCCUGCACUGCUGCAGGUACACUCUACACUCCACACUCCACACUCCACACUCUACACUCCACACUCCACACUCCACACUCCACACUCCACACUCUACACUCUACACUCUACACUGGCUCUUUCACUUGGUAAAAAGUACAGUGUGAGUAUAGAAUUAGAGGAUAUAUUGCGUCAAGCGUCAUCUCUGAAGCCGGCAGACACCGUGUCCGCCGCUUACAAACUGAUACUGCUCAAGAGAACGUUGCCCGAAUACGUGUUGGAAACGUGCCAGGCGCCCAGAUCGCAAUCGGAGCCGGUAUCGUACGCGCUGCUGCACGUGUUGCUGCGGUCGCUUGAGGCGCAGCUGCAGCGCUGCAGCCACGAUAUCACCGCGGCCCCCACGCACGGCCCCCUCUACGGCACCCUGCACUGUAUACGGCACGUGCUGCAAGAUGUCCCCCCCGCGGCUGUAUGCGGAGGGGAGUGGGGCGCGCUAGUAUCGCGCGUGAUAGAGGCGGGCGUACGCGCGGGGGCCGCCGUGGACGCGGUGGUCAACUGCGCCUCGCCCGAGGGCCACCUGCCCGCCCGCCGCGGCCCGCUCGCCGACCACGGCAACUCCGCGUAUGUACACCUGGCGCACAAUCGGCUCACUGCCCCCGAAUUAUUGUUAUGUAACAAUCUGAAGGAGAAUCUUAAUUUUCUUUUCUAUCUAAACACCGGGAGGACGGUUAGAAAAUGUAAAGAUUUUAUGUUCGACCCGUUCGUUUAUUUAUUGUUUUCAAAUGUGUUCAGAAUUUUAAAAAUACUUGCUUUGCAAUGGCCUAAAGAAGGGGAUCUUGCUGGAAGAUGGUCGCGCCGUUACAGCACAGAUGUUACUGCUGUGCGCCUGGAGAACUGUAAAGGAGGUAACAUUUUACACAACAUUUACCAGUCCAUCCAUAGACAGUGUCGACACACCCAUAGGGUUUCAUUGCUACUGGGCAGUAUCGUAUCUCGUCUUAGCAUCCAGGGCGAGGGUCAGGAGGGGGGCAUCCUGUCGCAGGAGCGAGUGUUCCUCAUAGGGGACCACUUCACUAAACUACUGACGGAAACCAAACAUCGGGGCGCGUUCGAACAAGCUUACGUCGGUUUCACAGAAUAUUUGUCCAGGUUGUGGCGCUGCCGCGUGGCGGCGCUGCACGCGUGGGGCGGGGCGCGGCUGCGGGCGCUGCUGCGGGGGCUGGCGGGGCCCGCGCUGCACCCCACGCGCCGCAGCGCCGGCCUGCCCUUCAUCGUACAGGCGUUAGUGAUUACUGAGCUCCAAGUCAAAGGCAAUCCGACAUGCCUUCACCAGUGUAUGAAUACGUUGUUGAGACUAGUCCGAGCCACGUCUACAGAACCAAAUGAACAUAUACAUGAAGCUUCCAAUCGAAACACCAACACUAACAUAGUUAAUGAAGAAAAUAAAAGUGAGAUGGAAUCAUCCAUGAAGAGUACAGACAAUUCACAAGCUGAUAUGAACUCUAUAUGUAAUGAUGGUUCGGUUGAAAGUCGCACUCACUGUAUGAACAUACUGAGAGCAUUAUUCCGUAACUCUGAACUGGAGGAGAGUCUGGCUGGUUAUAUCGGUGAAGGACUGAUGGUGGCACUUGCAGGGUUCGAGAAGGAAACGUGGAUGGAGCGCAACGCGGCCACGCUGCUGUUCAGCGCGCUGCUGGGCCGCGUGUGCGGGCCCGCCCGCACGCGCGCACGCCGCACGCUCUUCCUGCGCUACCCCACGCUCUGCGACUAUAUCGCGAAAAAGUUGGAGGAGGCGGGCCCCGUGAUCGAGGAGGAGCUGAACCCGGGCCUGUUCCCGGUGCUGCUGGUGGUGGGGCGGCUGGGCGGGGCGGCGCCGGAGGGGGCGGGGCCGGCGCUGCCCCCGCGCGCGCUGGCCCCGCCCCUGCGCGCGCCCCCCGCGCCCCACCGCGCCGCCGCCGCCGCCGCCGCGCGCGCGCUGCUGCCGCCCGCCAGGUACAUACCACACAUAGAGUCCUUACUGGACACGAUCAGCUCAUCGACAAUCAAAAGGAACCACUGCCACGGUAUCUUACUCCAGCUGACCAACCUCCUGGCUGCGAUCCCUGAAGGCCUGGUGGUGGAAGACGACUCUAAACGACGCAUCGCUCGAGGAAUCAGAAACUCCUCCUGGAUCCUGAUACAGGGGACCGCACAUGUGCCCUGCUACUUGAUCACCGAUGAAUACGUUAAGAUGAUUAACCUGAUUAUUUGGAGGCGAGUUUAA